AUGUCCGAUGCCCUUCGCAGAGCGUUGUUGGCCAAAAUGGAACACGCAGAUACAGUCAUUCAAUCUGGAACAACGUCCGAAUCGGCUCCAAAAGUGAACCCCCCAAUUGAUCUCCCGAGCUGGAAGGACUUUUUUGACCAGAAUGAGACAUUUUCCAUCGAAAAUGGUGAUUUCACCUUCAAUUCCUACUUCACUUUACCCACUUCAGAAAGUCUCCCCAAGAGUCCGGCAAGCCGAAAUAUCCCAAUUUUUGUUUUUCACCAUGGUGCAGGCUCAUCAGCAUUGAGUUUUGCACCUUUAGCACGCAGUCUUCACGAAAAACUCGGAAAUCAAUGCGGAACUUUUGCCUUUGACGCUCGGGGCCAUGGCCAAACCAAAACACCCGAUUCUGCUUCCUACCGUUUGGAAGAUUUUCAAACCGAUUUCUGUCAAAUUUUGGAGCUUUUUAGUCAACGUUACCUUGCAAGACUAUUCACGAGCUCGAAUUUCUGCCUUAUCCUUGUGGGCCAUAGUUUGGGAGGCAGCAUAUGUUGUAGCGCCUUCAAUCAAUUCGACCAAUUUUUACGCCAAAAAAUUGUCGGUGUCGCAAUGCUGGACAUUGUAGAAGAAGCAGCCAAGAAGGCUUUGAAUACGGUAGACACUUUCCUAGCCAAGACUCCCAACGUUUUCCCAAAUUACAAAGCUGCAAUCGAUUGGCACGUCCAAAGAAGACUUUCCUCUCUAGAAUCAAGUGCUCAAAUAUGCAUUCCAAGUCUUUUUACUCCGACCGAAUCUGGCCAAGUAGCCCGCAUAACUAAUCUGACAACAUUUCGCCCCUUUUGGAGCACAUGGUUCACAGGACUUUCUUCAAGAUUUGUGAAAUUGCCAACCAGCAAGCUUUUGAUCUUAGCCGGUGAUGACAACUUGGACCGUGAACUGAUAAUAGGCCAGAUGCAAGGUAAAUUCCAACUAGUAGUCUUCCAAGACUCUGGCCAUUUCAUAGAGGAGGACUGCCCUGCUAAGACGGCUUUAACUCUAAUCGAUUUCUGGCAGCGAAACGACGUUAAAAACGUACGUAUAAAAACUAACUGGUCUAAAAAAGGCUCUCCGACUCCGUAA